AUGAGGAUCGAAUCUCAAAGGCUGCAAAAAAAAGCGAUCGAAAACCUCAGCGACUGUUUCGUCCCUCCUCAGACGACGGCGGACGACCGCCACACGGACGCGCUCUGGCAGUCGCUGAAGAGCGUGUUGGAGAAGAUCCUGCGGAAGGACUGCUACGGGCUGAGCUCCGAGGAGCUGCAGCGCGCGGUGCGGGCCAUGGUCCUCGGCAGGCAGGGGAGGAGGCUCUACGCCUGA